CGGAGAUACAGAGAUACCCCAAGUCUGUCCAUAGAUCCGAUAUAUUGCCUCCCUUUAUUAUCUUCCUUCCAUUUUCUCAAUCCCUCAAUUUACACAGGCCAUGUCUGAACGAGGCUCAUUCCGAGGCGGAGGCGGUCGCGGUCGUGGAGGCCGCGGCGGCCAGGGCCAGCAGAAAAGUGGCGGUGGUGGCGGUGCACAGGAGAAGCCCAAAAAGGAAAACAUCUUGGACCUCAACAAGUACAUGGACAAGGAGGUUCAAGUGAAGUUCAAUGGUGGUCGCGAGGUCACCGGUACACUCAAGGGUUAUGACCAGCUGAUGAACCUGGUCCUCGACAACGUUAAGGAGACCAUGCGUGAUGAGGAGGGCAACACUACCACCCGCUCAAUGGGUCUGAUCGUCGCCCGUGGUACUUUGAUCGUACUGAUCUCCCCCGCUGACGGUAGUGAGGAGAUCCCCAACCCUUUCUUGCAAGCAGAAGAGUAAAAAAAAAAAGGCACUCUUUCUCACGUAUUAUCUUCUUUCCGGGUCUCAUUCAUUCCGGGCCUAGGUGUGAUUUCGGGAAAUCGACAUCCUGGGUCUGAUUGGAGCUUCAAAACACUACACACCUUAAUGUCCCACUGGCUUUCGGCGUGCGCCGGAACAUACGCUCAUCAGUAGCUACGAAGGGAACGAACGCAAUAUGAUGGUUUCGCUUUUUUCUUUCUGUCGACUUGGAAUGUGCAUGGUAGGACUGCUACUGUUGUGGUGCAGUUCUGUCUAUCGUCUCUCUUUUCUUUUCACGAAAGAGGAUGAAUUUGGGGAUCGGCUCAUGAUACAUAGCGCGAAAACCAAACUAAGAUAUAACCAAAAAAAGAAUAACAAAGUCAAC